AUGAAUUCGCUGGAGGCGGAAGUACAAGCUCGAGUCGUCCGCCGGAAACGUAGCAUCCGAAUACGGGUGACCAGAACGAAGGGCUUCUGUGCGAAGCUUUUCAAAGUUGAAGUUGAAGAUGUACCUCCGGCAGGAAUAAAAUUGGCGUUGUUCCUGGAACCCAUGACUGAGGGACUGGGACUAGCCCCUUAA